UCAUGAUAUGAUAGACUGAAGGAACAAUUCCUUCAGGGUAGACAUAUGGCUCGUCCGCGAGGCUACUCGGGGGCUGAUAGCUCCAAAGAACCCCAUGUGGUCUCCCUAAAAGUAUUGCGCCUGUCGCGGCCUUCACUAUCCAACCAAUAUCUCCUUCCGGCUGCAAACACCAAGAUCUCAAGUAAAGCGUCCCUGAGCUAUCCAUCCGACAGUACCGAUGACAAGUUCAUCCUGAGUCCUAACCUAACUUUACCCCCAUCCUUUGGGUCGGCAUACGUCGGGGAGACCUUCGCCUGCACGCUCAGCGCCAACAAUGAGCUCCCGGAGGACGAGACCUCGCGCGUCGUCACCUCGGUCCGCAUCGUGGCCGAAAUGCAGACUCCAUCCCAGGUCGCCUCGCUAGACCUGGAACCAGCGAACGAUGCAGCGCAGACAGAAGGCCUGCAAAGGGGCCAGUCCCUGCAGAAAAUCGUGCGCUUCGACCUCAAAGAAGAAGGGAAUCACAUCCUGGCCGUCAGCAUCAGCUACACCGAGACGCUGAUCGGGUCCGACGCGCAGGCUGCCAGCGGCCGGGUCAGGACAUUCCGCAAACUGUACCAGUUCGUCGCGCAGCCGUGUCUCAGUGUCAGGACGAAAUCCUCGGAGCUGGCUCCGUUGGAGGUGGAGAAUAAGUCGUUGGGGCCGUAUGGGAAAACCCGGCUACUGCGAUUCGCAUUGGAAGCACAGUUGGAGAAUGUGGGCGAUGGCACCGUGGUGGUCAAGCAAACGAAACUCAAUCCCAAACCGCCGUUCAAAGCCGUUUCCUUGAACUGGGACCUGGAGAGGCCCGACAAGGUCGACUGCCAGCCGCCCACGCUGAAUCCACGGGAUGUACUGCAGGUUGCAUUCUUAGUUGAGCAGGAAGAAGGCCAGCAAGAGGGACUCGAAGCUUUGCAGAAGGACCUGAGGCGGGAUGGGAGAGCCGUCCUGGGGCAGCUUUCGAUUGAAUGGAGGGGUGCGAUGGGUGACAAGGGGUUCUUGACUACUGGGAAUCUGUUGACAAAGAGGCGAUCCUGAGGUGACCCUGGUUCUUAAUCACCUUGCAAUAAUGAAGUCUCAAGGACCUCCAUUAGUACUGGCUUUGUCAUGCAUCAGUAGACUAACUAUAGGUGUGCCCCUCUAUUAUUGUUGAAAAUUGCUCCGCCACUUGUUUAAUCAACAGAUGCAUAGAGAUUCUCGCACCUGCUGCUGCGGCUUCAUUUCCACAAGGAUACAUUUGUUGCCAUGCUGUACCACCCGCCAUGAGAUGUCAAUAGUCUUAACAGCUACUUACUGCCUUACUGCCU